CACUACAAAACUUGAGCUUUGAAAUUUUUUGCAAGCGCGCACAGUACUUAAAAAGCUUUUUACUCCUAUUUUCUAACUGGCGCGGCAUGAGAGGCGCUGAAACUUUAAUUCCAGCACGUUUCCUGACUCUGAUAGGCCACCUGUGUGUGCUAGUUUCCUUGAUAUGGGAGAGCCAACAGAGCGUGCAGCACUGUUUACCGAGCCAGUAUCACCCAAACUAUUUCGAGACCUAUCACAGUCGCCCACAAACGAGCAUCAACAGCUGACCAACAGCACCGAGUACAAGGGCGGAUGGUCCUUCUACUUAGUACUAGCUGGUGUCGCUACUACAUUAGGCUGUUCUUUACCCGUUGGCUACAAUAUUAGUGUCAUCAAUACGCCUGCUGCGAUUAUCCAGAACUUCGUAAACGGGAGCGUGAUCGACCAUUACGAUGUGGUUGUUACUAAGAGCUGGAUGAAUGUGCUAUGGUCUUCGGUGGUAGCCAUAUUUAUCGUCGGUGGCUGUGCGGGUUCCAUAUUAGGAGCUUCGCUGGCUGACAAGCUUGGCAGGAGAAAAGCGACACUUCUGACGACUGUGAUUUCGGUGGUUGGCGCCGUCUUGUUUCUAGUAUGUCAGGCCGCGAACUCUGUGGAGCUGCUCAUAUUGGGCAGACUCAUCGUCGGUCUGUCAGCCGGUCUAACCACGAGCAUUGUGCCAAUGUACUUAGCGGAGUUGUCCCCAAUGGCCCUGGCGGGGGCGAUGGGGGUCGUGUGCCCCAUGGGGGUCAACGUCGGGGUGCUAGUGGGGCAGAUUAUGGGCCUUGACAUUAUUUUGGGGGGAGUCGACGAUUGGCCCUACCUCCUUGCCGCCUAUGCUGUGCUAGUCAUUAUUUGUAUACCGGUUAUUUUUAUACUGCCAGAAAGUCCAAAAUAUCUUUACGUAGUUAAGAGGGAAGAGGAAACUGCUUUAAAAGAGCUAAGCCGCCUCCGCGCCGUAUCUCCGAGCAUCCUCACGGAAGACCUGGAGCUCCUCAGGGAAGAGGCGCGGGCAGCAGAGGAAGCCAGCAGCCAGCAGUGGAGCAUGCUGCGCGUGCUGCGGGAGCCACGGCUGCAGCUUGUGCUGCUGCUGACCUGCUCGAUGCAAGCUGGGCAGCAGACUAGCGGGAUUAAUGCUGUAUUCUACUAUUCCGACAUAAUCUUCCGCGGCGCCGGCCUAUCCGCUAAAGGCUCCCAAUACGCCACUAUAGGCUGCGGGGCCAUCAACGUCUGCACAGCACUAGUGAUGAUCAAGUUGCUGCCAAAGUGUGGACGAAGGCCGUUGCUGCUAGGCUCUAUAUUAGCGGCAGCUAUAUGUUUGGCCGCACUCGCUGUAUCUAUACGAUUUUUGGACGCGGUCGCAGGAAUGCCGUACGUGUGUAUGGCUGCCGUGUUCGCGUACGUACUCGCUUACGGCUUCGGACUUGGACCCAUCCCGUAUUUCAUAGCUUCAGAGAUGUUGGAAGUGGCGCCGCGCAGCGCCGGCAUGGCGUGGGGCUCGCUGGCCAACUGGGCCGGCAACUUCCUGGUCGGGAUGACGUUCCCCGUCGUAAGGGACGCCAUUGGGGCUUAUUCCUUCAUCAUAUUCUCCGCCCUCACUUUCGGCCUCUUCGUGUUUCAGAGAUUCUACUUCCCUGAAACGCGCGGUAAGACCCCGCUUAAAAUCUCUCAGAUCUGUAGCCGCGGGUUCCACUCGCACCCUCUCUCCCGCCCAAGCGUCUGA